AUGGGCGGAGGCGCCGGAUUCGUCGCGUUCAUGCAAACCGUGGCAGACAUGGCCAGUGGUCGCGCUGCGCCGUCUGUCAUGCCGGCCUGGGGCAGGGAAGCCAUCCCCAACCCAGCGAAGCCCAUCUUGAUGGGUGGUCCGCCUCCGGUCUUCACUCCCAUGGACUUGCAGAAACUCGCAGUGGACAUACCUUUGGAUCACAUCAACCAGCUGAAGAGCGAGUACGCGAAGGAGACCGGCGAAAGAUGCUCCACGUUUGACGUCGUGCUCGCCAAGGUGUGGCAGUGCCGCGCACAGGCGAUCGGUCUCCACCCCGACGCCGACGUCCGCGUCGCCUUCGCCGCCAGAACGGUUCACCUCCUGAAAGACGUGCUGCCGGAGGGCUUCUACGGGAACUGCGGCUACCCCCUAACCGUCUCCGCGGCCUCCGGCAAGCUCACGAACGCGUCCUUGGUGGAGGUGGUGACCCCUAGUAUGAAAGCCGAGGGCAAAAUCGUAUGA